CUGUCUCUCACUAAAACGUUUAAACCUUUAGGAGGGGGAGAGAGAGAGAGCGCGUAUUGGAAGAUGGGUGGGUGUGCGACAAAGCUCAAGGGCGUGAAGGCCGACGCCGGCGAUCUUCCCGCUCCGGAACCUGCGCCUCCGGCGAAGGAGGAGGCCGGGGUGGUCUCCGAGACGAAGAAGGAGGUUGUCGAAGUUGUUGAAGAAGAGAAGAAGGUGGUGGUCCAGGAAGGUGAAGUGAAAGAAAGGGAAGGUGAUAAGGACAGAGAGAUUCAUGACGAUGACAAGGUUGACGACCAAGGCUCCAAGCGCCGAUCUCUCAGUCUCUUGUUCAAGGAGAAUGAAGAGGGGGAUGAUUCAAAUAAAGAAGAAGAUAAGGCAGCAUCUGAGGUAACAAAACAAGAACAAGAGUCACUUAUUGAAAAGGCCACUGAGGAAUGUGAAAAGAAACUGCCUGAAGUUGAAAAAUCUGAAACUGCUGUUGAGGAAGCCCUGGUCUCAUCUACUGAACAGACAUUCCCAGAAGUAGAAAAAUCCAAAAUCCCAGUGGAAGAACCCCCGGUCUCAUCUACCGAACAGAAACUCCCAGAAGUUGAAAAAUCCAAAACCCCAGUGGAAGAACCCCCGGUCUCAUUUACUGAACAGAAACUCCCAGAAGUUGAGAAGUCAGAAACCCCAGUGGAAGAAGCCCCUGUCUCAUCCAGUGAAAAAAAGAAAGACAUUGAAGUAGCAGCAGCAGCAGCAGAGGUGGAACAACCCAAAACAACCGAGGAGAAGAAAACAGAAGAAGAAAAAUGAAGUUCAGUUAGAAAUGCCAAAGUGUGAUAGAUGAAGGCUUCUAAGGUUGAUUACUCAGUCAAGAAGAAGCACAUUUGCCCCCUUUUCCUAUAUUUUUUUAUUUUUUAUUGUUUAACAAAGAAGACUUGAGGUGGGAGUUGUUUCUCUUGCUUGUUAAAAUAUCAUUUCUCUGUCAGAUUUGAGUUUGUUCUAUAUUUAUUGGGUUCAUGUAAACAUAUAAGACUCUUCGACAUAUUGUGCCGAUAGAUUGUUUUUGUGUAUUUUGAUAUUCACCCCGAGACCAUUAACGAAUGAAUGAAUCAGUUAAUCAAAUGUAA